AUGGAUAAUGUUAAUGUGAACAUACCUAUAAAAAUCCCACAUUCAACUCAAUCAUUACGUGAUAAUACAUUUCGCGUUGCUCUUAGUUAUGCCAGCUGGUUAACAAUGUUUUUUCUUUUGGGAUGGAUUUCAAAACUUCUGGUGCCGAAAAUUCGGACAUUAAAACCAAAAGAACAAAUGUUUUGGAAAUUAGCAAUGGCUCGAGCAGUAUGUGGAAUUUUAACAUUAUGGGCUGUCUAUCUUGUUUUCAUUGACGAACGACUUGCGCUUGAUCAUGUAAUAGUGACAACUGAUGAAUCAUGGACAUUUAUAACUUUUCUACUUGGUUUUUUUAUAUUUGAAGAAUUCACAUUAAUUUAUUUCGAUUUAAAAUUUCGCACAUUUUCAAAAGAAUUACAUUUGCAUCAUUUUUUUGCUUUUAAUGGUUUCUUCUUUGCUGGAUAUUAUAACUGUGGUCAUUAUUAUGCAGCAAAAGCGUUUAUGCUCGAAGCAAGUACACCGUUUUCAUGUGUUUGUUGGUGUUUAUUAAAAUUGAAACUUGAAAAUACAAACGUUUGGAAAAUUAACCAAUGGAUAUUGAUUAAUGUUUUUCAUAUACGUUCCUUUCUUGAAUUCUUAUGGUGGUAUGAUAUUUACAGAGAUUGGGAUAAUAUUAAACAAAAUCUUCCAUUGCCAUUUUUAAUUAAUAUGUUAGUGGGUCUUACGAUUGUUAGUCUUUGGUUGACACCUUAUUGGACAUACAAAAAAACAGUACAAUAUUUUCAUCCAGUAGAUUGGAAUACAGGAAAUUCAAAAGACAAAGGUGAUGAUGAUAUCGAUAAGACGUCUUAG